GCUUUUACCUGCAGAAGCCUUUGUGCCUGGCUCUCCGUGACGCCACCCCCCCCCCACCCCCCGUAGCACCUGCAGGAAGCCUCUCCAGCCGCCAGAGCGGGAAGCCCAGGCAAACUGACCAGCCUGCAGAACUUACCCAGCCCUCCCCAGGAAGCCAGCUUGACCCUCAGAGUCAGGUCGCCCUCGUCUGCCAACGUGGGUCCUGUUCCAGCAUCAGUGUGACCAUAAAAUGAAGUCACCCUGCUCUGCUUUGCACCUGCCCUUCCAUUUGGGGGGGACUUUUGUCAGCUGACCGGGACUUCCAAGCCAGGCUGGUUCUGUGUUCUCUCAAAGGCCUUUCUUCUUCUGUCACCACCGGUUCCACAGUGAGAGGGGCUAUGUGGGAUCCAGCAGGAACUCUGCCGUGUUAGCACCCGGAACUCUCCUGCGGAAGUGGGUUGGAGCCCCAAGCCCCAGCGCAGCCCUGCCUGCCCUCCUUCUGAUGUCCAGAGGAAGCCAGACCUCAUCCUUGGAAGCCAUGGGCCCCUCCCACUCUGUGGUCCUGUCCAUGAUGAAGCUCGGUUUGUGGUGGCUCCUUCUGAUCCCGGCAGGGUCGGCACAGCGAGCCUCCCCUCCCCAAGCUGAGGGCCGCCUCUUCAAACACCUCUUCAGGGGCUACAACCGCUGGGCACGGCCGGUGCCCAACACCUCGGACGUGGUGAUCGUGCGCUUCGGGCUGUCGAUUGCCCAGCUCAUCGAUGUGGAUGAGAAGAACCAAAUGAUGACGACCAACGUCUGGCUAAAGCAGGAGUGGAACGACUACAAGCUGCACUGGAACCCGGCUGACUUCGGCAACAUCACAUCCCUCCGGGUCCCUUCGGAGAUGAUCUGGAUCCCUGACAUUGUCCUCUACAACAAUGCAGAUGGGGAGUUUGCGGUGACCCACAUGACCAAGGCCCACGUCUUCUCCACGGGCACCGUGCACUGGGUGCCCCCCGCCAUCUACAAGAGCUCCUGCAGCAUCGACGUCACCUUCUUCCCCUUCGACCAGCAGAACUGCAAGAUGAAGUUUGGCUCCUGGACCUACGACAAGGCCAAGAUCGACCUGGAGCAGAUGGAGCAGACGGUGGACCUGAAGGACUACUGGGAGAGCGGAGAGUGGGCCAUCAUCAACGCCACUGGCACCUACAACACCAAGAAGUACGACUGCUGCGCAGAGAUCUACCCCGACGUCACCUACUACUUCGUCAUCCGGCGCCUGCCGCUCUUCUACACCAUCAACCUCAUCAUCCCCUGCCUGCUCCUCUCGUGCCUCACCGUGCUCGUCUUCUACCUGCCCUCGGACUGCGGCGAGAAGAUCACGCUCUGCAUCUCCGUGCUGCUCUCGCUCACCGUCUUCCUCCUGCUCAUCACCGACAUCAUCCCCUCCACCUCCCUGGUCAUCCCGCUCAUCGGCGAGUAUCUGCUCUUCACCAUGGUCUUCGUCACGCUCUCCAUCGUCAUCACGGUCUUUGUCCUCAAUGUCCACCACCGCUCCCCCAGCACCCACACGAUGCCCCACUGGGUGCGGGUGGCCUUUCUGGGCUGUGUACCCCGGUGGCUGCUAAUGAGCCGGCCCCUGCCCUCCUUGGAGCCCCAGCACCCCCCAGAUCUGAAGCCCGGCUCCUCCUACCGCUGGCUGGAGACCAAUGUGGAUGCCGAUGAGAGGGAGGAGGAGGAGGAAGACAGAUGGGUGUGGGCAGCCCAGUCCUUGCCCCGACUGGGUGUCCUCUGCAGCCAUGGUGGUCGGCACCAUGAGGCUUCGGGUCCCAAGGCAGACCCCCGGUGGCAGCAGGGUGGGCUUCUGCUGUCACCUCGCAUACAGAAGGCGCUGGAAGGUGUGCGUUAUAUCGCCGAUCACCUGAGAUCUGAGGAUGCUGACUCUUCGGUCAAGGAAGACUGGAAGUAUGUGGCCAUGGUCAUUGAUAGGAUAUUCCUCUGGUUAUUUAUCGUCGUCUGCUUCCUGGGGACAGUUGGACUCUUUCUGCCUCCGUACCUGGCUGGAAUGAUCUGAUCUCCUGUCCCUUGCUUGGACCCAAAGGUGACACUGCUGACCAUCAUUAACCACCACUCCCUCUAGUACAACGUCGGGUUCAAGGCCAUCCGACUGCAAGCACCUCUCUGUGGAGUCCCUACACUGUCCCCAUCAUGGAAGACUCCUUGGGUCAAUUCACUGAACUUAUUGUACUAUGUGCCGAGAAUCUGCCAGGCACAGAGCCCAGUUUUGGAUGCUGGGCAACUAGGAAGUGAGGAACUUGCUCUGGAGAAGGUUACAAUAUGGUGAUGACAAUGUGAAACCAUGUAAGUUUCUCCUACAGGAGCCCUGAAGACGCUGAGUAACAGGAGGACCACGAGGGGCAAUCCAGGGGGCAGAUGCACAGACCUCCAGGGAUGGGUGCAUGGGGAAGAGAGGAGAGGGUGCUUCAGGGGGUGGAAGAACUAUGAACAGCAUUUGGGAUUCAAGAAUGAGCCCAAGGUGUCUAGAACAGGCAGGCUGAGAUGGAGCUCCAGUGUGGGAGCUGUGGGAGGAGGUUGGAAAGGCAAGUUCGGGUAUCUUGAG